AUGUGCGUGUCGGUAAUAAGUACCGCCAUCGGGCGCAAGAUCGGUGGCGGCAGCAUUGGUGACAUCUACCUGGGCACUCACAUCGUCUCCGGCGAGGAGAUAGCAAUCAAGCUCGAGAGCGUCAAGGCUAAGUACCCUCAGCUGGCAUACGAAGCCCGUGUCUACAAAUCUCUCGCCGGCAGUAUCGGUAUUCCCAUAUUCCGCUGGUUCGGUACCGAACAUGACUACAAUGCCAUGGCGAUCGACCUCCUGGGUCCCAGUCUCUGGAGGAUCUGUUUAGCUUUUGCGACCGCAGGUUCUCGUUUUAAGACCAUCCUGCUCCUCGCCGACCAGCUCAUCACCCGUAUUGAACACAUCCACGCCAAAUUGUUCAUUCACCGUGACAUUAAGCCUGACAAUUUCCUGAUGGGUAUCGGCAAGCGUGCCAACCAGGUCAAUGUGAUCGAUUUCGGACUGGCCAAAAGGUACCGUGACCCGAGGACAGACUCUCACAUCCCCUACCGUGAGAACAAGAACCUUACGGGUACUGCCCGAUAUGCCAGUAUCAACACCCAUCUGGGUGUCGAGCAGUCACGCCGUGACGAUAUGGAGUCGCUCGGCUACGUGAUGGUCUACUUCUGCCGUGGCUCCCUGCCCUGGCAGGGCCUCCAGGCCGCUACCAAGAAGCAGAAAUAUGGCCGCAUUAUACAGAAGAAAAUGACUAUCCCAACGGAGGAUCUCUGUCGUGGUUUUCCCUACAAAUUCGCUGCCUACAUUAACUACUCUCGCUCGCUCCGCUUCGACGAAAGGCCCGAGGACACGUACCUGCGCAAGUUGUUCCGUGGCCUCUUCGUCCACGAGCCCCUGCAGUAUCACAGGCGGUUUUGA